CCACUUCAUGUCCCAACACAGAAAGUCCGUGUUUAAGGAACAAGAGGAAGAAAUGGACUUUACAGGUAGAAGACAAAAACAUCAGAGCUGAGUGAGCUGUGACUUACAUCUAAAAUGAGUCUCUCUGGGGAGAGAGAGGAGGGGACCACUGCCUCUAAAAUGAGUCUCUCUGGGGAGAGAGAGGAGGAGACCACUGCCUCUAAAAUGAGUCUCUCUGGGGAGAGAGAGGAGGAGACCACUGCCUCUAAAAUGAGUCUCUCUGGGGAGAGAGAGGAGGGGACCACUGCCUCUAAAUCGAGUCUCUCUGGGGAGAGCGAGGAGGGAACCACUGCCUCUAAAAUGACUCAAGACACCAGUUCUAAGAGUGUCCAGAAGCCCAGUUCAGAGUCACCUACAACCAGCCUGUUAUCAAUGAAGAGUGAUCAGCCACCUGCUUUCAGCCAGGAACCAUUACCAGAUGACAAUAAGGAAGUGGAGAGUUUGGACAGUGAGGAUGUAUUAAAGAUCACACACAACCUUCUGGACAGAAGAAGUCAAACUCUGCUGACAGUCCAACAAGACAUCAAGGCUAAACUGAAACACAAGUAUCAACACAUAUCUGAAGGAAUUGGACACCAUGGAAACCAAAGUCUGUUCAAGGACAUCUACACAGAGCUCUACAUCACAGAGGGUGGAAGUGGAGGGCUCAAUAAUGAACAUGAGGUUAGACAGAUAGAGAUGGCAUCCAAGAAGCAAACCACACAAGAGACACCAAUCAAAUGCGACGACAUCUUCAAGCCUUUACCUGGACAAGACAAACCUAUCAGAACUGUGCUGACAAAAGGAAUCGCUGGCAUUGGAAAAACAGUCUCUGUGCAGAAGUUCCUCCUUGACUGGGCAGAGGGAAAAGCAAAUCAGGACGUUCAUUUCAUGUUUCCUCUUCCUUUCCGUGAUCUGAACCUGAAAAAGGACCAAUACAGUCUGAUGCAACUUCUUUCCCACUACUUCUCAGAGCUGAAAGAGAUUGACAGCAUUGAAGAUGGUGAAACCAAAACUGUUUUCAUUUUUGAUGGUCUGGAUGAGUGUCGACUUCCUCUAGACUUCAAAAACAAUGAGAAGUGCUGUGAUGUCACGAAGCCAACCUCAGUGGACGUGCUGCUGACAAACCUCAUCGAGGGGAAUCUGCUUCCAUCUGCUCUCCUCUGGAUAACCACACGACCUGCAGCAGCCAAUCAGAUCCCUCCUGAGUGUGUUGACCAGGUGACAGAGGUACGAGGGUUCAAUGAGCGACAGAAGGAGGAGUACUUCAGGAAGAAAAUCACAGAUCAGAAUCUGGCCAAUGAUAUCAUCAAACACAUGAAGACAUCAAGGAGCCUCCACAUCAUGUGCCACAUGCCAGUCUUCUGUUGGAUAUCAGCCACUGUCCUUGAGAUGAUACUGAAAGAGGCAGAGAAGGAUGAAGUCCCCAAAACUCUGACCCAGAUGUACUCACACUUCAUUCUCAUCCAAAUCACUUUGAAGAACAGGAAGUACAACAAAUCCACAGAAACAAACCCAAAGGAACUGUCUCAGUCAGACAAAGAGAUGAUCCUGAAACUGGCCAAGCUGGCUUUCCAACAGCUGCAGAAGGGCAACCUGAUCUUCUAUGAGGAGGACCUGAGAGAGUGUGGCCUUGAUGUCACAGAGGCAUCAGAGUACUCAGCAUUGUGUACAGAGAUCUUUAAAGAAGAAUCUGGGCUGUACCAAGAGAAGGUCUACAGCUUUGUGCAUCUGAGCAUUCAGGAGUUUCUAGCAGUAGUGCAUGCUUUAGAAUCAUGUCUGGACAAGAAGGAAAAUGUUUUCUCCUCCGCUAGUGGUGGUGAGGAGAAGGAGUCAAUCCAGUUGUCUGACUUACACAGGAGAGCAGUGGACCAGGCCUUGAAGAGUGAGAAUGAACACCUGGACCUGUUCCUCCGCUUCCUUCUGGGUCUAUCACUGGAGUCCAAUCAGAAUCUGUUACGAGGCCUUCUGACACAGACAGGAAGUACAACACAGAGCAAUAAGAAAACAGUUGAGAGAACAGUCAGGUACCUUUCAGACAAGAUCGAGGAGGAAUCCUCACCAGAAAGGAUCAUCAACUUGUUCCACUGUCUGAAUGAACUUGGUGCCAACUCUCUAGUUGAAGACAUGCAGACCUCCCUGCGAUCAGGAACUCUUUCAGAAACAAGACUAAAACCUGACCAAUGUUCAGCCCUGGCCUACCUGUUACUGAUGUCAGAGGAGGUGCUGGAGGAGUUUGACCUGAAGACAUACAACACAUCAGAGGAAGGUUAUCAGAGGUUGCUGCCAGUAGUGAAAACCUGCAAGAGAGCACUACUGAAUGGCUGUGAACUCACAUAUGUAUCCUGUGAGACUCUGUCUUCAGCUCUGCAGACACCAAACUCCCCCCUGAGAGAACUGGACCUCAGCUACAAUGACCUGGGAGACAGAGGAGUGGAACUGCUCUGUGUUGGACUAACCAGUCCACUCUACAACAUACAGACACUAGUUCUAGGUCAGUGUGGUCUGACAGAGGGUUGCUGUUCAGAUCUGGCCUCAGUCCUGAGUUCACCCAACUCACAACUGAAACAACUGGAGCUGAGAGACAAUGACCUGCAGGACUCAGGAGUUACACUGCUGUCUGCUGGACUGGAGGAUCCAGACUGUAAACUACACACACUGAGUCUAGGUCAGUGUGGUCUGACAGAGGGUUGCUGUUCACAUCUGGCCUCGGUCCUGAGUUCACCCAACUCACAACUGAAACAACUGGAGCUGAGAGACAAUGACCUGCAGGACCCAGGAGUUACACUGCUGUCUGCUGGACUGGAGGAUCCAGACUGUAAACUACACACACUGGGGCUGUCUGGCUGUCUGGUCACAGAGGAGGGCUGUGCUGCUCUGUCUUCAGCUCUGAGGUCAAACCCCUCCCACUUGAAAGAGCUGGACCUGAGCUACAAUCACCCAGGAGACUCUGCAGGGGGACUGCUUUCAGCUGCUCUGGUGGAUCGCACAUAUAAACUGAUGAAGCUGAAUGUGAAUCAUGGUGGAGAGUGCAGGCUGAAAUCAGGGCUGAGGAAAUAUGCAUGUCAUCUCACCCUCGACCCAAAUACAGCAAACCCACACCUGGUACUGUCUGAGGGGAACAGGAAGGUGACACGGGUGGAAGAGAGGCAGCAUUAUGAAGACCAUCCAGACAAAUUUGAUUGUCUUCCCCAAGUUCUCUGCAGAGAAGGCUUAUCUGGAUCUCGUUAUUACUGGGAGGUGGAGAGGGAUGGUAGCAUGGCUGUCGUUGGUGUGGUGUACAAAGGAAUGAAGAGGAAGGGAAGGGGGGUUGACAGUGACAUUGGAGGCAAUAGGGAGUCCUGGUGUUUACUCUGCUCUCAUAGUGGUUAUUGCUUUUACCAUCCUGGAGUCUGUAGCAGAGUCGUCCCUGGUCCUGUUUCUAACAGAGUUGGAGUGUAUCUGGACUGGCCAGCUGGUACAUUGUCCUUCUAUAGUGUGUCCUCCUCUGGUACACUGACACACCUUUACACAGAACACACCACAUUCACUGAACCCCUCUAUCCUGGGUUUGGGGUUUCCUCCUCCUCUUCCUCAGUGACCCUGUGUCAGAUAGAUGACCAACACAUUCAGAGAAAUGGACCUACAGACCAUGGUGGAGAGUGUUGGAUCAAGCCUGGACCUGAGAAACGGAUUCCUCAGAGCUGUAAGACUUGUGACCAUGUUGAGGACUCCACACACUGGCUUCAGAUUGAGCCCUUGACUUCCACUGUCCAGGGAGUGACAAUGUUCAGACACAGGACACCCAAAGGGAGUUAUGAGUGCACAGUGUCUGGGCUCCGCUGGCUGUGUGAGAGAGAUGUCAUUCUGAAGUCCUGGCUAAAUUCCCAAUCUGGCCUUCAAACCAUCAUAGCUACCUAAUCAUCCCCAGCUUCCAAUUGGCUCAUUUAUCCCCUCUCCUCUCCCCUGCAACUCUUCCCCAGGCUGUUCAGGAACGGGAGAAAGAUCAGGUGUCCCAAGGAUAUUCAGAAUUUCUCCUGUCAAGUCCAAACAGGCCCUUAAAGCUGAACAGUUGGUUUGCGCUCAAGAAUCCCCACUCCACUUCCAUCUAUCCAGAGAAGAUUCAGCUGUUACCUGCAGACACCACACCAAGCUGUUGUAAGAUGAUAAUGGGAAACACAGGGGUUGACAUUGAGAUGGAGUUAAUCGGGGAAGAUGAGAGGACAGUAUGGAAAUCAGUGGUAUCAAAAGAUGAAUACAGCAAAGACUCUCAUCGAAUAUCAUUAACACUCCCUGGGAUUCCUGCUGAGGAGUUUCUGAAGAAACACAGGGCUGAACUCAUUCAGGGAGUCAAAAACCCAAUGCCAAUAGCAGAUGAUCUGUCGUCAAAGAGCAUGAUUGGUGAUGAAGAGUACUCCAGAAUAAAAGCUGAAACAACUGAACAGGACCGAAUGAGAGAACUACUGAAUGCAGUCCUCCCUAAAGGACCAGAAGUGACGGGAGCUUGUCUCAAAGCUCUCAUUGAACAUGAACGCCAUCUUGUUAAGCACUUGAGUGAAUCUAGCACCUAAUCUGAAGAUGCUGAGGCCUGUCUCCUAGUCUGUGGACAAAGACACUUCUUCACCUAAUCUGAAGAUGCUGAGGCCUGUCUCCUAGUCUGUGGACAAAGACACUUAAAUGAUUGUAAGGGAAAUGUUAAUGUUUGCUAUUCUUUUAACACAUUUCUGUGUUUUAUUAAUUUGCUGUUCUAUAAACCAAUGUGUGUGUUCAUCAAGUGUCUGACUGUACAAUCCUCACUAUCAGUAGCUGUAAUUUGGCAUUAAGCCCAGAUGUUGUUUUGAGAAGGAGAUAUCUCAGUUUCAAGGUCUCAUCUUAGAGAGAAGAAGACUGGUGAGGUGUUGGUCUGUUAAAUGUUAUGAACCAGUAUUGGUCUGUUAAAUGUUAUGAACCAGUAUUGGUCUGUUAAAUGUUAUGAACCAGUAUUGGUCUGUUAAAUGUUAUGAACCAGUAUUGGUCUGUUAAAUGUUAUGAACCAGUAUUGGUCUGUUAAAUGUUAUGAACCAGUAUUGGUCGGUCACAUGAAUGAAACAAAAUGGUAAUGAUUCAUGAAUUAUGCUAAACUAUGCAAAUAUAACUUGUCUGUGUAUAGCCGUAUAUAAGACAACUGCUGGGUCUGACCAGGGAGAGCUCUUGAUUGACAUGUGUUCUAUGGUACACUGAGUUGGGUCUGACCAGGGAGAGAUCCUGAUUGACGUGUUCUAUGGUACAUUGAGUUGGGUCUGACCAGGGAGAGAUCCUGAUUGACAUGUGUUCUAUGGUACAUUGAGUUGGGUCUGACCAGGGACAGAUCCUGAUUGACAUGUGUUCUAUGGUACAUUGAGUUGGGUCUGACCAGGGAGAGAUCCUGAUUGACAUGUGUUCUAUGGUACAUUGAGUUGGGUCUGACCAGGGAGAGAUCCUGAUUGACAUGUGUUCUAUGGUACAUUGAGUUGGGUCUGACCAGGGAGAGAUCCUGAUUGACAUGUGUUCUAUGGUACAUUGAGUUGAGUCUGCCCAGGGAGAGAUCCUGAUUGGUUGGAACCUCUCCAGCUCGCUGACAAUAAACAAUGAUUCAUUUCA